GGGUACGUGACCACCAUACUGGAAGACGCCAAGAUUUACUCCAGCCACGCCAAGAAGUCCAGCGUGGACGCGGACGACGUGAGGUUGGCCAUCCAGUGCCGCACAGAUCAGUCCUUCACCUCCCCACCCCCCAGAGAUUUCCUGUUGGACAUUGCACGGCAGAAGAACCAGACGCCGUUGCCGCUGAUCAAGCCGUAUUCCGGCCCCCGGCUCCCACCCGACAGGUACUGCCUGACAGCUCCCAACUACAGGCUCAAGUCCCUGCAGAAGAAGGUCUCCUCCUCUGCAGGAAGAAUCACCGUCCCUCGCCUGAGCGUGGGUGCUGUGAGCAGCAGGCCCAGUACUCCCACUUUAGGGACACCUUCAGCACAAACAGUGUCUGUCUCAGCGAAGGUCGGCACGCCGGUGUCGCUGACGGGCCAGAGGUUCACCGUGCAGAUCCCUUCUUCCCAGGCAGCCGUCAAGUCAGCCACACCAACUACUCCAACAGUUCAGAAUGUUCUGAUUAAUCCUUCGUUAAUUGGCCCAAAGAACAUCCUUAUCACUACAAAUAUGGUGUCGUCGCAGAACACAUCCAGUGAGUCAAACCCCCUGAAGAGGAAGCACGAGGAUGACGACGACUACGAUAAUUUGUGAAGAGCCUUGUCCGAUCCCCUUCCAUUCCUCAGAGAUUCCUUGAGUCUGCCAGGGGCUUUGCCCGGAGUACUGUGUGA